CACACACCCACCUCUGUCUUCUUCACUCGCCUUUUCAACAUUCCUUACUUCUGCUAGAAAAACACAUUGCUGCACCAAAUCUCUCAGCUCUGAACCUCAUCGCGGCACAUCGUGACACACCAGCAAUAGCUCCAAAAAGAAAUCUUAAAAAUACAACAUGGAGUCCCCUCCAGAUCCAGCGAGCGACCCGGGCAACGGCGUCUCAGAGUCGGUUACCCCGGUCAGGGAAACCCCGGUAAACCUGGAGACUCUCCGCAAAGCUGAACACCAAGCCCCGGUGCGCAGGCAGAGCUGCUCCAGUACCAACAGAGGUAUUUCAGUAACAAAGAAGACACACACUUCUCAAAUCGAAAUAAUUCCCUGCAAGAUCUGUGGAGACAAAUCAUCAGGCAUUCAUUAUGGUGUGAUAACGUGCGAGGGCUGCAAGGGUUUCUUCAGGAGGAGUCAGCAGAGCAAUGCGGCGUACUCGUGCCCACGUCAGAAGAAUUGCCUGAUUGACCGCACCAGCCGGAACCGCUGCCAGCACUGCAGACUGCAGAAGUGUCUUGCCGUGGGCAUGUCACGUGAUGCUGUGAAGUUUGGCCGCAUGUCGAAGAAACAGCGGGACAGCCUGUAUGCGGAGGUGCAGAAACAUCGACUCCAACAACAACAGCGGGACCACCAGCAACAGCCCGGAGAAGCCGAGCCCUUAACCCCAACUUACGGCCUCUCCACCAAUGGCCUGACCGAACUACAUGAUGACAUGAGCGGCUACAUGAACGGCCACACACCCGAUGGCACCAAGCCCAACUCGGGCAUCAGCAGCUUCUACCUGGACAUCCAACCCUCACCUGACCAGUCUGGCCUGGACAUCAAUGGCAUCAAGCCGGAGCCCAUAUGUGACUUCACCCCUGGCUCAGGCUUUUUCCCCUACUGUUCCUUCACCAAUGGCGAGACAUCCCCCACUGUCUCCAUGGCUGAGCUGGAGCAUCUGGCCCAGAACAUUUCCAAGUCCCACAUGGAGACGUGUCAGUACCUGAGAGAAGAGCUUCAGCAGAUGACCUGGCAGGCUUUCCUACAGGAGGAGGUUGAAAGUUACCAGAACAAGCCCAGAGAAGUCAUGUGGCAGCUGUGUGCCAUAAAAAUCACAGAGGCCAUUCAGUACGUGGUGGAGUUUGCCAAGCGAAUCGACGGCUUCAUGGAGCUCUGCCAGAAUGAUCAGAUAGUGCUACUCAAAGCAGGCUCUUUGGAGGUGGUGUUUGUCAGAAUGUGCCGUGCCUUCGACCCUCAGAACAACACAGUCUAUUUUGAUGGAAAGUAUGCUGGGCAUGAUGUGUUUAAAUCAUUAGGCUGCGAUGACUUGAUCAGCUCCGUCUUCGAGUUUGGGAAAAACUUGUGUUCUAUGCAUCUCUCUGAAGACGAGAUCGCCCUGUUCUCAGCCUUCGUGUUGAUGUCGGCAGACCGGUCCUGGCUCCAGGAGAAAGUGAAGGUGGAGAAACUCCAGCAGAAGAUCCAGCUGGCCCUGCAACACAUUCUCCAGAAGAACCACAGAGAGGACGGCAUACUGACAAAGUUGAUAUGCAAAGUCUCCACACUGCGUGCUCUGUGCAGCAGGCAUACGGAAAAGCUGACAGCGUUCAAAGCAAUAUACCCAGACAUUGUCCGCGCCCACUUCCCCCCAUUGUACAAGGAGUUGUUCGGAUCAGACUUUGAGCAGUCCAUGCCCGUGGAUGGGUAGCGCUUCCCUGCGCCCGCCCUACCCGGGGGAAUUCACACCGUGGGGAAUGUCAAGCAUAAAUCUAAGACACUUUAUCAGUGCCCUGCACAUACACACACCUGGACAGCCGACACACUGCACACACACACACUUUUCCCUUUUUCUCAAUUUUACUUUGUUUUUUCUUUGUUUUGUUUUUUUCAGGAGGAGUUAAUGGACUGGAUUUGACUCCAGCAGUUUAUUUUUGGGGUUUGUUCCCUCCUUUUACUGACACAGGUGGGAUUUGGAGCCCAGGGGAGUGGAUGAGAAGAUGAAGACACUUGUUUUUCAUACGCUCCCUCUCUCUCUCGCUCCGUUUCUCUCUCUUUCUUUGGCUGAACCUGUAAAGUCCAUGCAUACGAUUCGAGAGCGGUCCCAUGGCGAUUUGUCACGAUCAGCAUAAAUUGUUUUGACUUGUUUCCAAAAUGGAAAACAAUUCCCUGAGCGUAUAUUCUCCUGUAUCCAGCAUUUUAAAUGUUUUUAGUAGCAGCAACAGACCUUACAGCCCUUUUCAAGCCAAGAAAAAUGAAAUGUGUUUUUUUUUUUUACUUCAAAAAUUCAGUGACGUCUUUAUAAGAAGAACUAUUCCAGUAGUUAUUGUAGCAUCAGAAAAGUUCUACGUAGAAAUGUAUUCAGCUUGUGGCCCAUACAGUAUGCAUGGUCCAGGCUCAGCCAAUAGCUUUAUUUUAAAAAAUGUAAGUCUUGAUGUCAGACUAUAAACCAGCAGUGAAUGAAAAAUAAUACGACAUGAGCGUAAUACAGGAGACAAAGGAGAGAAAGAUGGAGAAGUAGUGUGAAGCAGAGCAAGUCAGAAUUUGGUGUCGCAAAGCAGCACCUUUCUACGGACAAUCGUCGAAAAAGAAGGCAGAAUUCUGGUAAUUCUAGUUAGAUAAAGCCGUAAAAGGCGCAAUUACUUUAAGCUGUCUGAGACUCCAUCUGCCAUAGUUGCUUAGUGAUAUCAUUUAAGGCCAUCUGCUAUUAAGUCCCUUUUUGGAAUGGUGUUAAUGUAACGCAACGGUCCGACCACCAACAUCGAUGCAAUGCAAGGGUCCAUUCCACCAGUUUUCUAACGUAUUACAGGGUAAACACUCAUAAGUACAAAACUAUACAGAAAAAAAAAAAUGUUUAUAGAAUCUAUUUUAAAUAACAUGUAUGAUAUUAGUAGCUAGACUAUUCUUAAUUGUGAAAAAAAAUGGAUAAGGCACUUUUAUUUGCACCUUUCUUUAAUUUGAGACUUGUAUAUUUAUCUAGUGAUGUGUUGCAUGUAUAAAUACCACGGUUAUGGAGAUUGAGUGCUAGAAAACCCUAACGCUGCUGAGGGUGGUGUGUGUGUGUGUGUGUGUGUGUGUGUGCGUGUUUGUGUAUUUGUGUAUUUAUUUGUACGAGUUGGAGGUUGGUGCUGGGUAAAGGCCGAUCACAAGCGUUCCAGAAGGGGACUAUUUUUAAAGCAGCUUCAAUGCUGGAAUACUGUUCCUAGAUCAGCGUUGCGUUUUCGGCACUCAGCAAUGACUAUUGAAUUUUUUGUGCUAAAUAUACAGUACCCACAUAGUAGAGAUGCUUUGAUCCAAGCUUUAUCACAAAAAAGGUUUUCAACAUAAUUCGAUAUGUGCUCUACCAAAUUGUUUUAAGGGUUCAAGCACACCAUGCAUUUUUGAAGGGCUGUUUAAAGAACCCUUGUUCCUAUAAAACAAAAAGGGUUUCAGAUCUGUUUAUGAAUUGCAGAGAUAUUUCAGUACGUCAGCCUCUGUUCAAUUGCUCCAUCUAGCGGUGUUGCUCCACAUGACCAUGGUUUGACUAUUUUACACCACUCAGUCUGGUUUAUAAGUGGUUGAUCUGGCAUCCACCCGUUCUUAUAUACACACUCUACUCCAUCUGGACCUGGGAUGAAAGUGUCUUUCAUGUGAAUUUUCUUUUUAAACCGGCUCUUGCAAAGGUCUUUGCCCAGCAACAAUGCUCGUCUGGAACGUAAGAGUGAAAAACAGAAGAAAAGACAAAUAUUCAAAGCCUUGUCUGGUUGAAAUCCUCUAUUUUUGUAAUAUUGUACAGUGCUUAUGAAGCCUAUGAAAGACAAAAGGGAAAGAGUGAAGGAUGAUAAAGCACGUAAUCCUGCAAUAAUGAAUUAGAAUUGGUGUGUUUUUUAUGAUUUUUCAAAGAACAAGACAAUGGUACUAAUAGUGCUAUUUUUUGUAAUACCUAAAUGUCAUGUGUUGCGCGUGUUUGUACGUCUCUUGAAUGUGCCAUAGUCAAGGGCAUAGGUUUGGCUUGAACAUUGGGGGGUUGCAGCAUCAAGCAUUUACAUAUUUCCAUUGAUCAUGGUAUAAAUAAUGGGGGGUUUAAUUCCCCCCAUCCCCUCUCAAAUCUACGCCCCUGGCCAUAGUGGUCUUUCCUGCUUUUUUGAGUCUGAAAAGAAUUGUUGUAACAUUCCAGUAAAACAAUGUUGUGGCUUUUAGAAAGUCCCUAAAUAAUCCAGAAAUAAUAACAUCAUUGAUAACUUCAGCGACCUACUAACAGACAUUUUGACAAACCUUGAACUGAUCUUGGUAGCUUGCUUAUCGUCCAAUUAAAAAUCAGACACUUUCAUUCCGUAAUCACAUGGUUUUUCCUAUUACACAAAGUAUUUUCCUCAGGGAAGAGUCUGUCUAACUAAAUUCUGAAGCCGGUAGCUUAAACACGUUAGUCAGCUCUAUGUUAACGUCAAUAAUUUGAUCUCAAAAGCAUGAUCAGGGUCAGUACAGUAAAAUCAUUAUAUGUAUGUGUACUACAUCAGAAUACUACUGAUGGAAAAGCUUUAUUGUUAUUGGUUGUGAAAUUCAUUGAUUGCGUCCCUCAGAAGUUAUGAUUACUACAGUAAAUCAUCAAACUGUGAACAACAAUCCAGGUUCAAGUUUAGGUUCUUGUAAAUCAGCAGCAUGUGUGUACAACAAGGCUCAGGGAGAGUAAUGGUGUGAUAAUUGAGAACACUGAAGCAGGUAAUACCGAGGGAUAAUGAGACAUAUUAACUCCAAACAUUAACACCUGCAUAGACAGUAUACUGAACAGUAGGUGCACUCUCGAAGACUGUUCCAAACCUUUUUUUAUAAUUUAUUUAUAAUCCAAUAAUAGUGAUUUCAUUCCAUAACAAAAAGUUACUAAAAACAGUUCAGUCUGAUUUAAGGUACCUAACCCAAUAUUAGUUUGUGCUAUGUAUUUCUAUGGUUAUUAGAUUAUUGCAUUGUUAGCUUAGCCACAUGCUAACGUGCAAAACACUACUGGGAAUCAGUUGUCGAGGUUUCACAUAAGGAACCUCAUUUGAGUGAGGUACAGAGUUGCUGCCAAUGUAGAGCGUUCCAAAUCAGUCACUUAUUGGGUCCCAUUUCCAUCAUGCUCCCUUAGAAGGCAUCUGCCUAUAGUAAACAGCAAGACAGAACUAUAGAUUAGGUUCUUCAGCCAGCACAAGAAUCCAGUGAUGGUGCUGUAUGUUAAAACUCCCAAUUGGGAACGCAUGUUCAUAUGUUAAGAAAAUUCCUGUCACUGCUUAGUGGCUCUAUAGUUCAUGUUUUUCAAACAUUGCCCUUUGGGAUAUUUCCUCCUGCUUUUCAUAUUUUGCAAUUUACAUGAUCAUGUCAUAGCUUGUUAUUCACUAGCAUCAGAGCUGUCAGGCCAAAAGAAGACAGCAAUGCAUCAUAAACAAUGCGAAAGUGUCAUUUAAUUCACUCGCACCACAGGCCACUGGCUUUAUCGCUCAGCAAGCUCCAAGAUCUAAUUCCCUAAAGUCAAACAAAGCAAGAUAACCACCUCAACCUUACUACGAAUGUACUACGCUAUUUUCUGGCAAGUUCAUUUUUUUCUUCUCUAGAUUGGGAUUGUUCUAAUUGUCACUCGUGAUUGUUUGAGUCUAUGUGCCAAAUACCUCCUCAUGAUUUGCUCCACCUUCAGACGUCCACAUAGGCACAUUAGCCUACCGUGCGUGACAAAUACGGGUUUCUAAUGGGUAACCACUGAUGUGGAGUCCCCUUUUGAUGAACAAGCUUUGAUGCACAGCAGAUUGUUGUCCAAUUACUCAUAUAGACGUGUCCUGAAGUUAGUUUGUACGACCCUUAGAUGCACCACAAAAGCUGUUGUAGAAGUCACGUUUUGCCACAUUUUGCAUGUUGUAUUUUGUCAGUUUAGUUUGUAAUAGACAUUUUAAAGCAAUAGAGGCUAUGAAAUAGAAGUUUGGAUACAUUUAUUUUUUCAAAUACAAGCAAAUGUACUUAAACAUCUCCGGAUCUGUGGUAUUUUAGAUUUGUAACAAGAAAAGCUGUAUGUUUCUCUUAUUGGUGGAAGAUCCGUAAUUUCCCCAAAUUCGUUAUUGUAAAUUGUGAAACGUUCUUUUUUCUUCUUUUAUGUAUAUGUGUGUGUGUGUGUGUGCGUGCGUGUGUGCGUGCGUGGUUUUCCCCUUUUUUAUCCUUGUUAAAAGCAAUAUAUAUCUGUGGUUGCGAGAGUGCGUGUGUGUUUGUGCUAUAUGUAAUGUUUGCUUAAGGUCAAACCCCAGACAAGGCUUUAAAAGAUAAGAUGCAGCAGGGUCAGAUGGUGAUUUGUAUGUAAGAUCUUAAGUUUUCCCAGAAUUUAAAAUGUUUUCAGUAGCACUAAGCUUGAACACUUUGAACAGCUGAACAAGCAUGACACAAUGCACAUCAAUGUUAACAAUUCAAUUAGAUGCAAACAGGCCUAUGCACUCACGUUUUAUGUAUACCGAUUUAACUCCGUAAACUUUAGCGAAGGCACUUAGAUAUUCCGAAAUUUACGUUCUAAGGAUUUAACGUGUCAUGCUUGUGGCGGCAUUUCGAUUUGAAGUUUAAAGUGUUACUAAGAUGUACAUCAAUCGUUUGCAUUUUAUAAAACAAUUAUUAUUAUGAGAGUUUUCUUUCCAAAAGCACAGCUGAUACGCUAUUAAAAGUGAAAUAUGUUUAGAAAGUAGAAGAAAUGAAAAGUCUUUAGCCAUAAUCGAAUGUCAAGCAAUAAUAUAUAUGUGUAUUAUUAUUGAUUUUUGUGCAUAGACUUUAAACAUCUGCAUGUAAAUACAUUUCUUAUUUAUCGCGUUUGUUUGUUUUUCGGUUUAUUUCUCUUUUUUCGCUCUUUAUUGUCAAUUUGUUUCAUUUGUAUGUUGACUAGUUCAGUUCCCUGGUGGAGAACUACGAACGUCCAAUGGCCUGUAAACUGUACAGCUUAAUUUAACCUUUUGGCUUUUAAUUCACGAUAUUUAAUGUUUUAUUGAUCACAUGUAUAAAAGUAACUUUGUAACUUCUGUCUGUACUGUAUAGGUAAGAUGAAAAUACUCCUAAGACCUGCUCAGUGCAAAUAUGUAUCUGUUUAUCAGACACAUCAUGCUGUACGAUAUCUCUGUGUUUAGUACACUUCUCUCUUUUAGACUUACUUCGAUUAGUGGUAGGGUGUGCAGACGUUAAUUUUUGUGUUAUACUGAUGUGUGGUGCUAGGUAAUUUACUUUUGUGAACCAAAAUUAUGGAUUCAUAGAUUAGGCCGCCCUCUUAGUCCAUUCAUUAAUUAUUAUUAAUAUUAGGACAUGAUAAAUAAUGAUUAUAAUGAUAACGAUAAAGUUAACGAUAGUGGUAAAUUUUGCUUUCGAAUACCAAGCAAGUACCUGUAUCAGUGUGCUAGUCUUGGGACACGACUAGUUUCUUUCUCACUUUUAAGAUUAUUAGCUAAAGUAAAUCUCUAUGAAAUGUCGCAUUCUGAAUCUUUGCCAUGAAGAAAGUAGUUUGUGCUUAAAAAAAGACAAUAUGGAACAAAGAAGCAGUAUUGAUUGUCCGAACUUGUAGCUGAAACUGUUUCUUGUCCGGUUCGUGCACACAAAACGUUUACCAGUACUUGCGUAUCGGACGCUGGAAGGACUUUAGACACAUGAUUCCACAAAGUACUGGAUUGUCUUGAAGUUUAGCCCUUUUUUUGGCACCCUCAAUUUCUUUUUAGUUUCUUGUACCUAGCAGUUCCUUAAGACUCUUAAGCAUUUGUUUGUUUCCUCUUAAAUUCUACUCACUCAUAAGGUCUCAUUAUACACACACAAUGGUUAAGCGUUAUAACAAAAUUGUACAGAACAAAUGCAGUUGUACAAGGUUUUGUGCGACACUUCCUGUUUCUCUUUGUAGCAAGGCAGAUUUAACUUGCAAUAAUACAUAGAAAACUACGCUGAGUGCCUCUCAGUGCUACAGGAUGCAGAAACUAUAUUCGUCCGUCGUUGUUUUCACUGUUUUCGACGUACUCAAAUGACUGUGUUUGCACAUGUAGGUGACUUCUGUCUUGUGUUAUCAACUUUUCUUUUCAUUGGCUGUCUUUUUAUGUAAAUGAGGUAUAUCAUGUUUGUUUAUAGCCAUGGAAACAGCAUUUUAUUGUCUCAUGUGGUGUCCUGCAUUUCUUACCGACAGAGAUCAGUCGAAGUUCUCGGUGUCAGAUGUUCCUUUUUGCUUCUCCUCCGAACAACACAAUUGAAACUUGGCUAUGGGACAUGCAUUGUUGCAUCCAGUCAAUUGCACUCUGGUUGGAUUUCUUGGUGAAUGGCAGGACCCUUUUUGGAUAUUUGCCAAGACAAAAUGACGGACAAUAGGCAAUCCACUCUGUGUUCUCCUAUUCUUUCCUGCCAUUUAGGUUAAAGGUCAUAAUUACAAAACAAAAAAAUGACUAAUGCAAUGUAACUGAAGUGUUCAUUUGUGUAUGUAAAAUUAUGCAUACUACACAUCUGGAUCUAUUUACUGUUGUCUGUUUAAUAUGAGCUGAAUGGGAGAGCUGGGGCAGGACAGGUUGGAUUGUGCAUGGGCAGCAUCAACUGUGGGGAGGGGAGGGGGGGUGGGGGGGCAGAUAACAGUUUGUGGAUUUUUCUGUCACAUGUUUGCUACUGAUCUUAUAAUGGGGACAGUUGAUCACGUACAUUUUUAUUCAGCUCUUCAGAACUCUCUUUAGGAGAUAGUCUCUUCUCAAUAGUGGUUUUGCUCCUUAUGUUCGUCCGAUUCUUAAAUAUGAAAAUAAGUAUUUUGAUUCAUUUUGUAAAUACCGCUGUAAAGAAAAAUAAGAAAUUUAAUGUUGUCUUUUAAAUACUUUUCAUUCUAAUAUGAAUGUUGUUAUAUUGUACUUAGAAACUGUACCUUUAAUAUUACCUUUAUUAAAAGUGCAUUGGACACAUCAAUUUUAGAUGUGAUUUAUGUGCUGUUAUCCCAUAAUAAAAUUUACCGCUUGUA